AUGCCCCGAGUCUCCGCACCCUUGGUGCUGCUUCCCGUGUGGCUUGUGAUGGUCGCCUGCAGUCCCCACUCCCUGAGGAUUGCUGCUAUCUUGGAUGACCCCAUGGAGUGCAGCAGAGGGGAGCGGCUCUCCAUCACCCUGGCCAAGAACCGCAUCAACCGUGCUCCUGAGAGGCUGGGCAAGGCCAAGGUUGAAGUGGACAUCUUUGAGCUUCUCAGAGACAGCGAAUAUGAGACUGCAGAAACCAUGUGUCAGAUCCUCCCCAAGGGGGUAGUCGCUGUCCUGGGACCGUCCUCCAGCCCCGCCUCCAGCUCCAUCAUUAGCAACAUCUGUGGGGAGAAGGAGGUCCCCCAUUUCAAAGUGGCCCCAGAGGAGUUUAUCAAGCUGCAGUCCCAGAGAUUUACAACCCUGAACCUGCACCCCAGCAACACCGACAUCAGUGUGGCUGUAGCUGGGAUCCUGAACUUCUUCAACUGCACCACUGCCUGCCUCAUCUGUGCCAAAGCAGAAUGCCUUUUAAACCUCGAGAGGCUGCUCCGGCAAUUCCUCAUCUCCAAGGACACGCUCUCAGUGCGGAUGCUGGAUGACACCAGGGACCCUACCCCACUCCUCAAAGAGAUCCGGGAUGACAAGACAGCCACCAUCAUCAUCCACGCCAACGCCUCCCUGUCUCACACGAUUCUCCUGAAGGCAGCGGAGCUAGGGAUGGUGUCAGCCUAUUACACGUACAUCUUCACUAACUUGGAGUUCUCGCUCCAGAGGAUGGACAGCCUCGUGGACGAUCGUGUCAACGUCCUGGGAUUUUCCAUUUUCAAUCAGUCGCAUGCUUUCUUCCAAGAGUUUGCCCAGAGCCUCAACCAGUCCUGGCAGGAGAACUGUGACCACGUUCCCUUCCCUGGGCCUGCGCUCUCCGCAGCCCUGCUGUUCGACGCCCUCUAUGCUGUGGUGACCGCGGUGCAGGAGCUGAACAGGAGCCAGGAGAUCGGUGUGAAGCCCCUGUCCUGCGGCUCAGCCCAGAUCUGGCAACAUGGCACCAGCCUCAUGAACUACCUGCGCAUGGUAGAAUUGGAAGGUCUCACCGGCCACAUUGAAUUCAACAGCAAAGGCCAGAGGUCCAACUAUGCCUUGAAAAUCCUGCAGUUCACGAGGAAUGGUUUCCGCCAGAUUGGCCAAUGGCAUGUGGCAGAUGGCCUCAGCAUGGACAGCCGCCUCUACACCUCCAACAUGUCCAACAGCCUCUUCAACACCACCCUGGUCGUCACCACCAUUCUGGAAAACCCAUACUUAAUGCUGAAGGGGAAUCACCAGGAGAUGGAAGGCAAUGACCGCUACGAGGGCUUCUGUGUGGACAUGCUCAAAGAGCUGGCGGAGAUCCUCCGGUUCAACUACAAGAUCCGCCUGGUUGGGGAUGGCGUGUACGGCGUCCCCGAGGCCAAUGGCACCUGGACAGGAAUGGUUGGGGAGCUGAUCUCUAGGAAAGCAGACCUGGCCGUGGCAGGACUCACCAUCACCGCUGAACGGGAGAAGGUGAUUGAUUUCUCGAAGCCAUUCAUGACUCUGGGAAUUAGCAUUCUUUACCGAGUUCAUAUGGGACGCAAACCCGGCUACUUCUCCUUCCUGGACCCGUUUUCUCCAGGCGUCUGGCUCUUCAUGCUUCUGGCCUACCUGGCUGUCAGUUGCAUCCUCUUCCUAGUGGCUCGGUUGACCCCUUACGAGUGGUACAGCCCCCACUCGUGUGCCCGGAGCCAGUGCAACCUCCUGGUGAACCAGUACUCCCUUGGCAACAGCCUCUGGUUUCCAGUCGGGGGCUUCAUGCAACAGGGCUCCACCAUCGCCCCUCGAGCCUUAUCUACUCGCUGUGUCAGCGGCGUCUGGUGGGCAUUCACGCUGAUCAUCAUCUCCUCCUACACGGCCAACCUGGCCGCAUUCCUGACUGUGCAGCGCAUGGAUGUGCCCAUCGAGUCGGCGGACGACCUGGCUGACCAGACGGCCAUCGAGUACGGCACGAUCCACGGAGGCUCCAGCAUGGCCUUCUUCCAAAACUCCCGCUAUCAGACCUACCAGCGCAUGUGGAAUUACAUGUAUUCCAAGCAGCCAAGUGUGUUCGUGAAGAGCACGGAGGAGGGAAUCGCCAGGGUGUUGAAUUCCAACUACGCGUUCCUCCUGGAGUCCACCAUGAACGAGUACUACCGGCAGCGGAACUGCAACCUCACUCAGAUUGGGGGCCUGCUGGACACCAAGGGCUACGGGAUUGGCAUGCCAGUCGGCUCGGUGUUCCGGGACGAGUUCGACCUGGCCAUCCUCCAGUUACAGGAGACCAACCGCCUGGAAAUUCUGAAGCGUAAAUGGUGGGAAGGGGGUAAGUGCCCCAAGGAGGAAGAUCACAGAGCUAAAGGACUGGGAAUGGAGAAUAUUGGUGGAAUCUUUGUGGUUCUUAUCUGUGGCUUAAUCGUGGCCAUUUUUAUGGCUAUGUUGGAGUUUUUAUGGACUCUCCGACACUCAGAAGCUACUGAGGUGUCCGUUUGCCAGGAGAUGGUGAUGGAGCUGCGCAGCAUCAUCUUGUGUCAGGACGCGGCCCACCCGCGCCGGCGGCGCGCCGGGGGGCCGCGGCCCCGGCCCCCAGGCCCGGAGGAGCGCCGGCCGCGGGGCACGGCGGCGCUCAGCAACGGCAAGCUGUGCGGGGCAGGGGCCGGGGAGCCCGACCAGCUGGCGCAGAGACUGGCGCAGGAGGCCGCGCUGGUGGCGCGCGGCUGUACGCACAUCCGCGUCUGCCCUGAGUGCCGCAGGUUCCAGGGUCUGCGGGCCCGGCCGUCGCCCGCCCGCAGCGAAGACAGCCUGGAGUGGGACAAGGCCACCAACAGCAGCGAGCCCGAGUAGCCCUCGCGGGGCCGGGCGCUCGGGGGCCAGGCACGGAGGCGGCAGGGCCGGUGGC